AUGCACCUGAGUCAUCCAGCCCGCUGCUGGCAUGCCUUUCGACGAAGAUGCACUUCUGAUAUUGCACGCCCCUAUUCCAGUGUUACACAUGGAUUACCGCCAUGGAGACCUGUUUCGGCCUUAGAUGAAUGGGUGGAGCGAGCAAUCAGGCCAAUCAGUCUUCGACAGUUGACGUUCUUUGGCCGGACCCUGACAGAACCGCGACUGAUCAGUUCCGGAAACUAUGUUCGGACGGAGCUGCCAACUAGAAUUGCGCACCGUCUGCGAGAUAUUCAGCAAUUGCCAUACGUGGUCGUGUCGAAUCCGCACCUCUCCCUCGUAUACGAAUUAUACUACAAAGCAUUCGAGAGAUUCAGAACAAUACCAGAGAUUAGGACGGUGGAAGACAAUGACAAGUUUUGCGACAUUUUGCGCACGACUCUCAAAGAGCACCUUGUUGCAAUUCCCAAGCUGGCAAUGGGUGUCCUGGAAUGUCGAGGUCUUCUACCUCCGGAGGUUAUCGAUGAAUUCAUGAACACACUCUUACGAGCGAGAAUCUCUCGCCGCGUCAUUGCUGAGCAGCACCUCGCACUAACGGAAACGUUCAACUCCCCAUGGCACUUCCCUGGCUCCCAAGACCGCACGGAUAUGAACGCAGACUUUGUGGGCGAAGUCUUCCUAAAAUGCAACGCAAAGGAGGUGAUUGAACGGUGCGGAAAACUAGCGCAAGACAUGAUGCGACAGAGUUCUGGGUCAGAUAAGAUCCCAGAUAUCUGCGUACAGGGCCAUCUGAAUGCCACAUUCCCUUACAUCCUGAGCCAUCUGGAGUAUAUCAUCGGUGAACUUUUGCGCAAUUCCAUCCAAGCCGUCAGCGAGAAAUAUAAAGAUUGCUCGGAGAAACCACCUCCUAUCGAAGUGCUUAUCUGUGAAGCACCACAACACGUCAUCAUGCGGAUAUCGGAUCAAGGCGGGGGUAUAGCUCGCGAUGUUCUCCCGUAUCUAUGGUCCUUUGACAAGGGACCACAAAGCAGAGCGCAUCUCGAGAACCUUAAACGGGUUCCGGCGAUGGCGGCCACAAUGCAAGAACUGACAGUAUCCAAGGAACGGAAGCACGCUGACAAGGAGACAUUCCGUGAAGGCUCAUUGGAUUCUCUGACUUCACGGCCUCCAAAUCUACGUCUUGGUAUGGGAUUACCUAUGAGCAGGGUCUACGCCGAAUACUGGGCGGGAAGUCUUGAAGUACAUAGCUUGGAAGGCUAUGGUGUGGAUGCAUUUCUCCAGAUAUCGAAGCUCGGCAACAAAAACGAGCAGGUCACGAACAGAGCGACGAUUGAUGCUGUAUGA